AAUGGAAUAAAAAAGAAAGCCAAAAGGUUUCUUAAAGUUGGCAACGCUUUCAAUUUGUCGGUUGCUGUUUAUUAUUUUUCUGGCGAGUUGAAGAAACAAAUGUAGCAAUCCCAAUUGUCAUUGUCAACAACACAGCUGAUACUAGUGAAGUGAUAUGUGUGGCGAUAUAAAAUAUUUGUAAUUUUUUUCUCGAAAAUUGUUUUUUUUUCGCACUUUUGUGUAUACGUAGCAAAAAAAUUGUCAGAUUUGUCUAAAACAGCCUAUAACUCAAAAUCAUUUAGUUAAGACGAUGUCCGAAGAGGAUGCUAUAAAAAUCGAUCAGCCUCAAGAAUUAAGUUUUGAAGAAUAUCCGGAAAUUUCCGAAGAAAUUGAAAAACGACACAAAAUUGAAAAAUUACUUUUAGAAGGCGGUGGGCAUAUAGAAAUCGAUAUACUGCGAGAGUUGGCUCGUUCAGAUUAUGGCCUAGUUACAGAUGAUUUACGUAGAACGCUUUGGCCGGCAUUAGUUGGUGUGGACGUAAAGUGUUUAUUGCCAGCACCAAAGCUUUGCGACUUUGAAACUCAUCCCGAAUAUAAUCAAGUAGUUUUGGAUGUGAACCGUUCGUUGAAACGUUUUCCCCCAGGUAUACCAUAUGAGCAACGUAUUGCUCUGCAAGACCAGCUGACUGUUUUAAUAAUGCGAGUAAUCUGUAAAUAUCCGGAUUUGCGGUACUAUCAGGGUUACCAUGACGUAGCGGUUACGUUUUUGCUGGUAGCAGGUGAAGAAAUCGCAUUCGCCGUCAUGGAUGUAUUGUCGACAAAUCAUUUUUCCGAAUGUAUGCAAGAAACAAUGGAUGCCACACAAAGACGUUUGUUAUUCAUUUGGCCUGUGGUUAAUUUUGAAAAUCCCGAAUUAUUUAAUUUUCUUCAACAUUCUGGUGUGGGCACUAUGUUUGCUUUACCUUGGUAUUUGACAUGGUUUGGCCACAGUCUUAACUCCUACAAGGCAGUAGUGCGUUUGUACGACUAUUUUUUGGCCUCUCCAGUGUAUUCACCAUUAUUUGUAACUGCUGCAAUUAUACUUUAUAGAGCUGAUGAAUUAUUUCUGCAGGACUGCGAUAUGGCGUCUAUACAUUUGCUCUUAUCUAAACUUCCAGAAAACCUACCUAUCGAACAGCUUUUAAAUAUAUCGAGCCACUUGUAUGACAAGUACCCAAUGACGACGAUUAAAAAAGAAGUUGAAAGAUUAGAAAGAGAAGAUCAAGAGCGGCGUAAGCUUGACGAGAAAUCGGCUUUGGAGAGACGCAAAAAAUUGGCACGCAAUGCUAAAAGCAGCAGUAAUUAUACGUUAAGCCAUUGGAUACCGCAGUUAUUAACACCGAAAUCGUUUAUUGUAACAACGGCUUUUUCGAUAUUUGUGGGCUUCUGUGCUUAUUAUUACAAAAGUCAAUAUAUGUCAGCCGGUAUCAGUUGAGUAAAGGUGUCUUUGCAGCCGUCUUCAGUGCAUAAUCUACGGCAUGCAACCUCAGUCCACUGGGGGUGGAUGAUUGGAAUAUCUUUAUUUUAAUAAUCUACAGCUGGUAUUUCGACUUAGUACUUAGUUUAUAAUAUCGGGGUAUAACUUGCAAAAGACGUUUUUUUAUAUUGAAAUUAUAUGUUUCUCCUUAUAUCUCUCUGUGUUUUAAGCAUUUAAAGAUAUUUGCUAUAUACUUUGUGAUCUACAUACCUAUAUAAUUUAUUCACUACAUCGCAUCUCGUCUGUAUAAAUUUAUGGACAAAUAAGUUAAAAAGAUUGGCUGUAUUACGUGUUUUGAACCGCAGAUAUAUAUUUUAUUAAACCAAUAUAUAAAAUUGAUUUAAUGAAGAAUAUUAUCAAGUUAAAAUCCUGUUAAAGGGUUACUUUUUAAGGUUUUCGCUUACAUGUUUUAUUUAAAAAGUUUAUGAUAUCUUUAGGCAGACAUAGAACAUAGAACAAUUUUCCAAAAACUAAUAAAAUUCAUUCAUAUGUGUAGAAUGUUUCAUACAUACUGUUACACGAAUAAGCAAA